CUCCAUCAUGAGCUCCAUAUGAUCCAUCUCACUCUGUCCCCAAUGACCAGUCUCCCCUGUCACUAACGGGACUCCCCUCUGAACCCUAUUGUUACGACUACUCGCGUACACGUAUCGUCAUUAUCGUCACUUACAACAACGAACUCCUCACUUAUUAACAGACAACGACAAACAAUGUUCCGAACAGCCAUCCGGCAAGCCGCCCAAAAGGCAUCAACAUCAACAGCCGCCAAUUCCAGCGAGCUGCCACAAGCCUUUGUCAAGCUCCCCCACAUCAGUCCCGCCCUUCUCACACAGUACCCGGCCAAGAAAACAUGGCCGCCCGAUUUCAAGACCAUGAGCCCGCAGGAACAGCUCAAGUACGAGAAGCGGUACAAGAGGAAGAUUCACCACAUUGCGCAGAGGCCGAGAUGGAACAAGAUGGUGCAGUUGGCGCAGUUGGGGACUAUUAGUUUUGUCCUCAUUUACUGCCUCCUAUUUGCGGACUGGAAGGACGAGAGGCAGCCUUUCUAUGAGUUCCGACAGUGGUUCUGGAACUCCCUUGGCUUCGAAUAUGAAGCUCCCAAGCCCGUCGCGAGGAUCCAGUCCCAGGAGUCGCAGGCUAGCGUCCAAGGCGGGUCCCGUCCUCGGCAGAUGUAGUGUUGGACAGACAGGGCUGAGGCUUGGGAUUGACAGGACCAAGCCGAUUGUAUCAUGCUUUGUAUAGUAUCCUUUUGUGGGUGUUUGGCGUUGUAAUACCUUGGGGAGGUGUGGGUAUCUAUGGUUUCUGCUCCUUGUUGGUAUCAUGCUUAUGUGGCAUCUUGUCGCCUUCUUUGAAUGACGGUUACUCGAAGGCUGUAUGAGCUUCGGUCCCGGAUGGCAGCUUCCAGUCUCUUCACGCACAAAGCCACCCCCUAGGGACCCCGAACACCGGAGCGCAUUAAUGUAAAGACCAUGCUGGCUCCUAGAACCUCAUCGCCCACUCCAGACAAAAUUCCCUCCCAUUCCCAACCCAGCCCCCAGUCCACUCCCUAGCCCCAUGCCGC